AGCGUGGCCGAGAGGCCCUCCUCGGAGGGUGCUCCCCAAGCCCCCGAGAGGACGUUCAUCCGGGCCAGCUUGCCCAUCAAGCCCAGGCCCGCCGGCACGGAUGCACCCCGUUCCCGGGAACCGAAAAAAUCCAUGACCUUCAAUUUGGGUCCUACGGGCUCCGGCGACCCCUUCGCCGUGAGCCGCUGGAGGCACCAAGCGCGGGAAGGGAUGGACUUGGAGGGCGGUGGGGUUGUCCAACCCUCCAAGGAGGAGCUGUUUAGGAGGGUGCUGCGGCAGCAGCCAGGCCCGCCGGCACGGAUGCACCCCGUUCCCGGGAACCGAAAAAAUCCAUGACCUUCAAUUUGGGUCCUACGGCGCGGGAAGGGAUGGACUUGGAGGGCGGUGGGGUUGUCCAACCCUCCAAGGAGGAGCUGUUUAGGAGGGUGCUGCGGCAGCAGGGAAAAACUGCGGGCCAGCCUGGAGGAGUACACCCAAAGGAUCUAUGAGCUGAGCGCCCGAACCGAAGCCCUGCAGGAGGAGAUCCAGUGGGAGAUGGCAGAGAGGGCCAAGAGAGGGAAGGAGACCCCUGUGCCCAGCUCCACAGAGCUGGAGGACAUGGCCACCAAGAUGAAAAGGGACCUGGAGGCCAAGGUCAAGCAAGGCAGCCAGCUGGAGAGCAACCUGGCCAGCGUGGAGAAGGCCCUGGAGGAAGCUGAAAGGAACCUGCAG